ACACACACACAGUUUACUGGGAGUGGAGAUAGUUUCAGCAGCCUGACCAGUGACAUUAAUAGGCUGCAGUGGAGGAUGUGUGUGUGUUUUGUCAUGUAUGUGUGUGAAAGGAAGAUAAUUGUUCACCGUUUUACACACACACACAGAUGUUAAUUAUUGACGCCGGGAGGUUUAAUUGGUGUGUGAGUUGAAUAAUGCAGCGACCGUAGUGCUUUUUACUGUCGCCACACCGCAGAGACACACUGCUGCAUGUGUGUGUGUGUGUGUGUGUGUGUGUGUGAGCAUGAAUAUUCAUGAGCUCUUGUGGUUAAUUUGUCGUCUGUUUGUUAAAGCCAGAAAGACACAAGAUGUUCUCUCUCGCCUUUCACCAAAACCUGUCUCACUGUGUGUGUGUGUGUGUGUGUGUGUGUGUGUGUGUGUGUGUGUGUGUGUGUGUGUGUGUGUGUCUCAAGUGUGUGUUGGUUGUUAAAUGCCACAACAGGCACUGAUCCACAGGCAUUUGCCGUCUGUCUGCUCUGUUUACGAGUGUGUGUGUGUGUGUGUGUGUGUGUGUUUGUAUGUGUGUGUGACAGCUAAUAUGUCGACAUCUGUGUUGACAGGAAACUAAUUUUCUUGUCUCUCUUACAGGAGACAAAGAUCGACUGUGUGCGAGUCGCCACCAAAGCUGCUAUAAUCGUCACCCAGCUCACCACGCCGUACAUUCGCAUCGCUCCGGCGGCCGGAGACAAGCAGCUCCCAGGAGCUGCGACCAGGAAACCAGAACCAGAACAGGAGAAACAGUCGGAUCACACGGUGAAGAUCGCCGGAGCCAUCGCCGGCGUCCUGCUCUUCAUCAUCAUCUUCCUCGGAGUCAUCCUGCUGAUGAAGAAACGACGGAGAAAUUAUCACUCCUACACUUACUACCUGAAGUUGGCGAAGAAGAGGAAGGAAACUCUGAGCUCCAGACAGGAAAUGACUCUGAUGGUCAACAACUCCCAACACACAACGAUGGUGGACACACACACGCACACACUGAAUGGACGCACCGUGUCAUCUCCAUCCUCCUUCACCCUGAAGACAAACACCAUCAGCACCACCGUCCCCAACUCCUACUACCCAGACCCCUUCGUACCGACGGCCAUUCUAGUGCCCAUUAAUGACGACAGCCACACUAUGACCAGUGAAACCAGUAGCCUGGUCCAGUCCCACUAUAAGCAGCGGGAGUCUGAGCGCGAGGCGCUGCCCUACCAGACGGGUCAGCUGCACCCAGCCAUCCGAGUGGCCGACCUGCUGCAACACAUCACCCAGAUGAAAUGUGCCGAAGGGUAUGGCUUCAAGGAGGAGUACGAGGUGAGGACGCACCCACACACACACACACACACACACACACUGCAAAUAUGCCUCUUUCGUCCAUAGAAGACUUUCAUAUUGUCAUACUUAUCUUAAAGACACUUUAAAGUUAUUGAGUUCUAAAGCCACCUGUUCACAAUGAAGAGCACACACACCUGUGGGGGCGGAGCCAUUUUACAUAAAUCACAAUUUUAGGACAAUCAGAUUUAAAUUGAUCUUUUAAAAGCAUCGCAGAAUAAAAGACGUACAAAGAGCUUCAGUGUUGACGUGUGACAUCAGCAUUUAGCCUCUAGAAAGUUAUUAUUACUUUAUAAUAGUUUCACUAUCAUAAAACCUCAAACAGACUUGAGUUUUAAAUUCAUGUCGCAGUAUUUAAAGAUACAGAGAUGUUUAUUAGUGAAGUGAAGCUUUAGAAACGAACCCAGUUUAAAAUGUUCAAACAUGUAAAGAUCAUUUACAGAAGCACGUUUACAGUAAAAAUAUUGAAAAUGUAUGUAUAUACAUUUAUAUAUAUAUAUAUUAUAUAUACAGUAUAUAAAUGUGAAGAAAAUACUCCUUUUAACAACCAACAUUUAUUAUUGAUCAUAUAUUCCAUAUUUUCAUAACUUAGAGGUUAUUUAUUAGCUCAAAAAACAUCAGACAACCAAAUCAAAGAUAUUUUCUGAUCCAGUGAAAACUCAGACCAACAUAUUGAUGAUUAUCAAUUAUCAACUAAUCGUUUCAGCAACGAUCAGCAGAAAUUAGAGAAGAAGAAGACAGUAAACACAGCAGCA